GAGUGAGUACCUAUUAACGUUAUUUAACAGCUGCAAUUAUGGGAAUACCUGCUGGUGAUGUUGAAAAAGGCAAGAAACUCUUCGUCCAACGUUGUGCUCAGUGCCAUACUGUUGAAGCUGGUGGCAAGCACAAGGUCGGUCCCAACCUACACGGUCUGAUCGGUCGUAAAACUGGUCAAGCUGCUGGUUUCGCUUACACCGACGCCAACAAAGCGAAAGGCAUUACCUGGAAUGAAGAUACCCUCUUCGAAUACUUGGAGAAUCCCAAGAAGUACAUCCCAGGCACAAAGAUGAUCUUCGCCGGUCUGAAAAAGCCCAAUGAACGUUCCGACCUUAUUGCUUACCUGAAAUCGGCUACCAAAUAAAAAACAUAAACCAUUAGCAGUUAAAAAAGCAUAAACAAGAAAAUAUGAAAAUCUUUUACAUGUGGCUCUAAUGAAACCUACUGUAACAAAUGUUUUAAAAAGGAACCCCCAUAACUCUACAAGAGAAAAUAUACACUUAUUAGUUUAAAAAUUAACUAUUCUAUAUAGGACAAUUUAAUUAAUUUAAUUGUGUAAAUGAUAUUCAAUCAAACUUUUCGUUUGUUGCUAGCUUCAAUAUUUUUAAGAAAUUAAAUAAUUUCAGCUCGGAUGGAAAAGAUACAAUUAAACCAUAAAAAUGAUA